AUAGUAAAAAGCAAAAGAGCUUAGAGGGGGAGUUUGUAUUUAAAUAUGAGACCUCCAUAAUCCAUUACCCAUCCAUCUUACUUCCCUUUUCUUCUUGACUAAGUCUCUCUUUUGCAGCAAAAUUAACAAGAUGGUUCUCUCAAAGACAGCAUCGGAGUCCGACGUCUCCAUCCACUCCACCUUCGCUUCGAGAUAUGUUAGGACGUCGCUUCCGAGGUUCAAGAUGCCGGAAAACUCAAUCCCCAAGGAAGCAGCCUAUCAAAUCAUAAACGACGAGCUGAUGCUGGACGGAAAUCCCAGGCUCAACCUCGCCUCCUUUGUCACCACCUGGAUGGAGCCUGAGUGCGAUAAGCUCAUCAUGGCGGCCAUCAACAAGAACUACGUCGACAUGGAUGAGUACCCUGUCACCACUGAGUUGCAGAAUCGUUGCGUAAACAUGAUUGCACAUCUCUUUAACGCACCGCUGGGAGAAUCGGAGACAGCCGUUGGAGUUGGGACGGUGGGAUCUUCCGAGGCUAUCAUGUUGGCGGGUUUGGCAUUCAAGAGGAGGUGGCAGAACAAGAGAAAGGCAGAGGGGAAGCCCUACGACAAGCCCAAUAUCGUCACUGGGGCCAAUGUUCAAGUAUGCUGGGAGAAAUUCGCAAGGUACUUUGAGGUGGAGCUCAAGGAGGUGAAGUUGAGAGAUGGUUACUACGUGAUGGAUCCUGUCAAGGCAGUGGAAAUGGUGGAUGAGAACACCAUUUGCGUCGCGGCCAUUCUGGGUUCCACUCUCAACGGAGAAUUUGAAGACGUGAAGCUCUUGAACGAUCUUUUGAUAGAGAAGAACAAGCAGACAGGGUGGGAUACACCCAUCCAUGUUGAUGCAGCCAGUGGUGGCUUCAUUGCUCCAUUUCUGUAUCCCGAGCUGGAAUGGGAUUUCCGGUUGCCAUUGGUGAAGAGCAUUAACGUAAGUGGACACAAGUAUGGGCUCGUGUAUGCUGGCAUUGGUUGGGUGAUUUGGAGAAGCAAGGAGGAUUUGCCUGAAGAGUUGAUUUUCCAUAUCAACUAUCUUGGUGCUGAUCAACCCACCUUCACUCUCAACUUCUCCAAAGGUUCUAGUCAAGUUAUUGCUCAGUACUACCAACUCAUUCGCUUGGGUUAUGAGGGUUACCAAAAUGUUAUGGAAAAUUGCCGAGAUAAUAUGUUGGUGUUGAAACAAGGACUGGAGAAGAUUGGCCGCUUUAACAUUGUUUCGAAGGACAAUGGGGUGCCUCUGGUGGCAUUCUCUCUCAAGGACAACAGCUGCCACGACGAGUUUGAGAUAUCUGACAUGCUGCGGCGCUUUGGGUGGAUUGUGCCAGCAUACACCAUGCCACCUGAUGCCCAGCAUGUGACAGUGCUCCGUGUGGUCAUAAGAGAGGACUUCUCCCGUACACUUGCUGAGCGCCUUGUCAUAGAUAUUGAGAAGGUUUUGCUCGAGCUCGACACUCUGCCAGCAAAGGUCAAGGCAAAGAUGUCAAUUGAGGAAAAUGGAAAGAUAAAGAAGACUGCUAUGGAGACUACAAGGGAAAUCACUACGGCCUGGAGGAAGUUAGUAAUGGACAGGAAGAAGAUGAAUGGGGUUUGUUAGUUUCUGAAUUGAGAGUACUAUAGAAUAGAACUGUGUCCGGCGCAAGAUGAAUGGGGUAUUGCUAGUUUCUAAGUUGAGAACUUACAAAAUAGAACCGUGAGUACGAAUCUAUCUAUUUGUUUGUAUUUGGUCUGGUGUGAAACCUUUCCCUAUUUAAAUCUUGUUGGAUUUUUAUUUAAAUUGAGAACACUGAUCUUGUUUAUGCUAAUAAAAGAAACGGGCUCAA